ACUACUACUACUACUACUACUACUUCCACGUUGAAAUUUAAAAAGCCCUUCACGCUUUAUAAAAAGGACAAAACUUUCCUAACACUGAAAAUCAAAUAAAUAAAGCCAUGAAUUUUAGUAUCUAUAUAUAGGAUUGUCUAAGAAGAAAGUAUCAUCUUUGACUUUUUUGGUAGUGCUUGCAAAGUUCAGAACAGCAAUUCUUUUUUUCCCUUCAUUUUGUCCAACAACCCCGUUUCUUUCUUCUCUGCGAGGAGUGAUUAUCCAGCUUCCAAAAAAAAAUGGCCGGAGUUACGAUGGAGGUUGGCAACGACGGCGUUGCAAUCAUCUCCAUCUAUAAUCCUCCCGUCAACUCCCUCGCCAUCCCAAUUCUUAAUGGAAUCAAUCAGAAGUUUAACGAGGCGGUGAAGAGAGAUGAUGUUAAAGCAGUUGUUAUCUUUGGCAAGGGAGGGAAGUUUUCUGGUGGCUUUGACAUCAACGUCUUUGGCCGAGUCCACCAAACUGGUAUGGUACUUGUUUUUUCUGUCGUGGUUUAGGAUUUUUAAUCUGAUGGCUGAUUAUAGAAAUGGUAUUGCAGGAGAUGUUUCCCUUUUACCAAAUGCUAUUGAUCUAUUGGUCAAUACUAUUGGAGGUUCGUGCAUGUUUAGUUUUAUACUUCCAUAAUUUCAAGUAUUAAUUAAAUAUGUUGUUUUUCUUCCUUUGAUACAUUCAAUGUUUGAAAUUACCUUGGCUUGUAAUGAUGAACUUAGAUUCGAAAAAGCCUGCUGUUGCUGCUAUCGAAGGACUUGCCCUUGGGGGUGGCUUAGAACUAGCAAUGGCAUGUCAUGCACGAGUUGCAGUACCAAAGGCACAACUUGGGUUGCCAGAACUAACUCUUGGAAUUAUUCCUGGCUUUGGAGGCACACAACUUCUUCCAAGACUUGUUGGUCUUCCAAAGGCUAUCGAUAUGAUGCUGUUAUCGAAGUCAAUACAGUCAGAAGAAGGGAAGAAGCUUGGUCUUAUUGAUGAGAUUGCAAGUUCCAGUGAACUGUUAAAUGUAUCACGGCGUUGGGCCUUAGACAUUGCAGAACGGCGCAAACCUUGGCUGCGCACACUUCACAGGACAGAUAAAUUAGGUUCCCUUUCGGAAGCGCGCAAUGUACUCAAGAUGGCUAGGCAACAAGCCAAAAAGGUUGCUCCAAACAUGCCUCAACACCAAGCAUGUCUCGAUGCCAUAGAAGAAGGUGUUGUUCAUGGAGCUUAUAGUGGUGUUUUGAAGGAGACAAAAGUGUUCAACGAGCUGGUUUUGUCGGACACUUCAAAAGGUCUCGUCCACAUUUUCUUUGCUCAACGAACAACAUCUAAGGUUCCUAAUGUUACUGAUGUCGGGCUUAAGCCGAGGCCAGUAAAAAAAGUUGCAGUAAUUGGUGGUGGUCUCAUGGGUUCUGGUAUUGCUACUGCACUCAUCUUGAGCAACAUUGUUGUUGUUCUAAAGGAAAUCAACUCAGAAUAUCUCCAAAAAGGAAUAAAAGCAAUAGAAGGAAAUCUGCGAGGUUUGGUGUCAAGAAAGAAGUUGGCUGCUGAUAAAGCAGAAAAAGCCCUUUCAAUGCUUAAAGGGGCGCUAGAUUACUCAGAAUUCAGGGAUGUGGAUAUGGUUAUAGAGGCAGUUAUUGAAAACAUAUCCUUGAAGCAAAGUAUAUUUAGUGAUAUCGAGAAGGCUUGCCCUCCACAUUGUAUUCUGGCAACCAAUACAUCUACCAUUGAUCUUAAUGUAGUUGGAGAAAGGACGAGAUCUCAGGAUAGAAUUGUGGGGGCACAUUUUUUCAGUCCAGCACAUGUGAUGCCUCUUUUGGAGAUUGUACGAACGGAAAAGACGUCUGCUCAAGUUAUUCUUGAUCUUAUGACAGUUGGAAAGAUUAUCAAAAAAGUUCCAGUCAUUGUGGGAAAUUGCACUGGAUUUGCUGUGAAUAGAGCAUUCUUUCCAUACACACAGGGUGCCCAAUAUUUGCUUCAUAUGGGCGUAGAUCCGUUUAGAAUCGAUAAGCUCAUUAGCAACUUUGGACUGCCUAUGGGCCCAUUCCAGCUUCAAGAUGUAGCUGGAUAUGGGGUUGCUGUUGCUGUGAAGAAAAUAUUUGAAUCUGCUUUUGCCGGUCGAACAUUUAAUUCUUCUUUGGUCGAUCUUCUUAUAAAGAAUGGGCGGCACGGUAAAAGCAAUGGGAAAGGCUACUACAUCUAUGAAAAGGGAAGCCAGCCAAAACCCGACCCUUCAGUUUUACCAAUUAUUGAGGAAUCUAGAAAGCUCGCCAACGUAAUGCCAGGCGGAAAGGCUAUCACUGUCAGCGAUAAAGAAAUUGUUGAGAUGAUUCUCUUCCCUGUGGUGAACGAGUCCUGUCGUGUUCUGGAUGAAGGGAUUGUGAUUCGAGCAUCCGAUCUUGAUGUUGCAUCUGUUCUAGGGAUGAGUUUCCCCUCUUACCGUGGGGGUGUAUUGUUCUGGGCAGACACAGUUGGAGCUGAUUACAUAUAUAAAAGCCUCAAGAAGUGGUCAGAAUCAUACGGUAACUUCUAUAAGCCGUCAAAGUAUUUGGAAGAGAGAGCAACGAAGGGAAUCCCAUUGAGUGCGCCCAAAUCAAUUGCUUCGGCUUCGAAGUCCCGUCUCUGA